UCCAAUACAUAAAAAUUAUUCUUUCUUCAAUACACAAGAGGGAGCUUUUGCUAAUUUUCAAAUUUAGAGCUCGAGCUUCCUAUCGCUCUUCUUCACGAACGCUCAAGUCGACCAGCCCCCCUUUCAUUUUUCUGUUAUAGCUCAGUUUUCUUGGUGAAAGUCCAUAAUGGAUUAGGAGGCUCAACCAAAUUAACAAGUUCAGCAGUAAAAAAUUGGUGCUUCCCAUCUUUUGGUAAUCAUUCAGUAAAAUGAUUUCUGUUUGUAGAUAUGGCUUUAGAAAUAGUUACAUGAACGGAAACUUCAGUAGGCUCUGUUAUGAACAUUCGUUUCAUCAAUACUUGUCUAACCCGCAAAGGAUGGCUGUUUCUCCAUAUAGUUCGAAUCCAAUUAAUAGCACUUUGAGGCCUAUACAUUAUUUGAGUCAAACCCAAAUUGACCCAGUUCCCAAAAUUGCUUCAAAUGGAUUUCUGGGUAUAUAUGACCGGUUUUUGUUGUAUAACUUUUACUCAACCAAGCCCCCUUCGCGAUCUUUUAGAAGGAGAGAAAGUAAAAGAGUCAAAUCCAGUAAAUCAACUCUUGAUGAAGUCCAAUUUCAAAGGGCCAUAUCCCAGUUGUUGCCUAGAUUCACACCUGAAGAACUUUGCAAUGUUAUAACUCAGCAAGACGAUCCUAUUGUGUGUUUAGAGUUGUUCAAUUGGGCAUCACAACAGCCACGCUUCAAACAUGAUGUUUCUACUUAUCACAUUACGGUAAAGAAACUUGGGGUAGCUAAAAUGUAUGAAGAAAUGGAUGAUGUUGUCAAUCAAGUGCUUGCUAUUUCCUACAUUGGUUCUGAGGCACUUUACAAUUCCAUUAUCUAUUUUUUCACAGAAGCUCGGAAGUUGACUAGAGCUGUCAAUAUAUUUAAACACAUGCAGAAUAGCAGAAACUUGAAUUGCAGGCCUUCAAUUAGGACGUAUAAUAUUCUUUUUACGGCCUUUUUGAGUAGGGGAUCUAAUUCUUACAUAAAUCACAUGUACAUGGAGACCAUUAGGUGCCUGUUUAGGCAAAUGGUGGAUGAUGGGAUUGAACCUGAUAUUUACUCUUUGAAUUCUAUGAUUAAGGGGUAUGUACUUUCCCUUCAUGUCAAUGAUGCACUUAGAAUAUUCCAUCAGAUGGGUGUGGUCUAUAAUUGCUUGCCCAACUCAUUUUCGUAUGAUUAUCUCAUCCAUGGGUUAUGUUCCCAAGGCCGAACAAACAAUGCUAAGCAGCUGUGCAAUGAAAUGAAGAGUAAAGGGUUUAUCCCAAGUAGUAAAUCAUACAACUCGCUUGUGAACGCUUUGGCUCUUAAUGGAGAGGUUGAGGAGGCAGUGAAGUAUUUGUGGGAGAUGAUUGAGAAGCAAAGAUCAGCUGAAUUCAUUACUUAUAGGACAGUGCUUGAUGAAAUCUGCAGACAAGGAAGGGUGGGAGAGGCAAUGAGGUUGUUGAAGGAGUUCCAAGAGAAAGACCUUCUGAAUGGGCAUACUUACAGGAAGCUUCUAUAUGUGCUUGAAGAUGACUAUGGAGAUUCGAGUGCCCACUCUCAAUUCAGAUAAACUGAGUUCUAAAAGUAGCUCUUCUUUUACUGUUGAAGUUAAGCCGUUGCAUCACUACAUAGAGUUUGACAAUCACGAAAAAUGUUGCCAUUUGGUUGAAAAUCAGUUUAGGCAAGAAUAACAUUUUAGCUCACCUCAAACAGUGCUGUUAAGAAAUCAGCACAACCCUCUCUACGAGAGCUUGCUGCCAAAUGUAUUCACUGGCAUCUCUUCCACUGGCACAUGCUCUCGUGGCAUCCUCCUCCUCGUCCAGGAUAAAUCCAAGUGAUCUGGAAGACUCUUUACUCCAAUUGGUCCAAGAGCACCACCAUGCCUCCCUCAGAAUCCACAAUCUCACUGGUUAGUCCCCCAACACUUGUUCUUGGGUUUUUUCCUUUAUAUUGCAAAAGUUCUUAACUAUUGGAAUGAAUUAGUUACUAAUUAAUUAAUUAAGCGUAAUGUAAGUGAUUGUGGCAGAGAAGGCACAGAAUGAAGCCACUAAAAAGGCAGUGUGUGUGGCAGAGCUUCUGGUGGAAGCAGUGUGUGUGGCAGAGCUUCUGGUUGGAAGUUCUUAAAAAGACAAGUAUAAAAAAUCAAGGAUUUUGAGACUGUUUGAUUAUCAGAUAAUCAAUAUGAAGAGAGAAAAUAAAUCCUUUUGGAAUUAUUGAUAACACAACACUGGAAUGAUGAACACCGUUAAGACAAAAAACAUUAGAGCAGCAGGAACACCGUUCUCAAGUUUUGUCCUAUCUUUUGCCAAUAGGUUUUAUGGUCCUCCUAUGCCCUAUUUAAUAUAUGGUAGACACUUACCAGCGCUCUCCUAAGAAUGCUUCGAAAAUGUACGGAAAUUUGAGUCUUUUUUAAUGCACACUCAGAGAAAGAAGUUUGUAAAAGUAAGUUUAGAUUUCUGACAAUUGGCUGUUACCUACACACAUAUGUGACAAAAUGUGGCUGAAGAAAAGGAAAUUUGAGUCUUUUUGAAUGCACACUCAGAGAAAGAAGUUUGUAAAAGUAAGUUUUGAUUUCUGACAAUUGGCUGUUACCUACACACAUAUUGACAAUAUCUGGCUGAAGAAAAGGAAAAUUAUAAGUAUUUGUGAAUAAUAUGAACAAUAA